GAAGAUGGCGAUGGAACGACGACGACGACGACGACGACGACGACAGUGAUGGUCGAUGGUGCAGGCGCCACUAAUCAAAACGUCUUUAGUUCGAAUUCGAUUCUUCUUACGUUUUAUUGUCAAAUAUAAACGUCCAUAUUAUUUUUUGUAUAUGUUUAUUUUCAAAAAAUUAAUGAGAAAUGAUCGAUCGACUUUCAAAGGUUAGUUGCAAAAAAUGCAAUUUCGUUUCUGUCGUGGUGGUAACGUUUUCACAAAUAAGAAGAUGGCAGUAGAACGGCGACAGCGAUGGUCGAUGGUGCAGGUGCCACUAAUCACAACGGACCUUAGUUCAACUUUGAUUCAUAUAUAUUUUUUUUUUUUUUUUGUAAAUUUUUCAAACGUUCAUCUUUAUUUCUUCAUGUAUAUUUUUGAAUAAUCUGUGAACGAUGAUGAUUAAUCAAUUUCCAAAAGCGACCUGCAAAAAGUGCAAUUUCAUUUCUGACUCUGGACAUUGGAUACGCGAUAAAAUCAUUUCUUUAUUAUAUAAUUCGCAAUGUUGACUUUUGACAAUCGUAUUUACUUUGAAAGAAAAGAAAAUAAGAAUUUAAUUGUUCGUGUGCAAUUUACAACGAAGUUUGAGGAAGAAAUCAACAAUUUUCAACGUAAUCAGCUGGAUAUUAACAGCUUGAAGGCGCUUAUCGCGCAAUUCACGCUUGGGUGAUGAGAGAUGGAGAAAAUGAGGAUAGAGUUGGCCGAAGUUGAGAUACCGAUGGACGAAGGUUCAUCGAAGAAUAAUAUGGAGGUCGACGAAUACGGAGUAGAAGCAGAAUUAACAAGUCUUUCGUGGCUACAAUCUUUAGACAUUACGAGUGCAUCCAGUUUGUCAACGCCAACAUGUUCGCCAUCACCUCCACCGGUAGUACGAAAGCCCCCGAAGAAGAUGUCACCUUUGCUCAAAGCAGAAUUAGAUCUCGCGAAUAAUGCCGAUAAAUAUCGAGCAGAUCCAGACGCAAAGCCACCAUUCUCCUACGCCACGAUCAUUUGUCUCGCGAUGCGCGCGAACAACAACAAGGUGUCUCUCUCAAACAUAUACGAAUGGAUUCGCAAAAAUUUUUUAUACUACGAAUACGCUGAUCGAGCUUGGCAGAACUCGAUUCGGCAUAAUCUAUCGUUGAACAAAUGUUUCGUCAAGUUGCCACGUUCGAAAGAUGAGCCUGGAAAGGGUGGCUUUUGGAAACUUGACUUGGAACGUAUGGAAGAAGGUAAAAGAACGAGACGACGGGCCUCGACGACUCAACGCAAUCGAGGAUCGAGAAAACAACACAACACAACGAAUUCAACGACAACAACGAUAACAACAACAACGACGACGACGACGACGUUAACAUCGACGACAUUAUCCCCUACCUUAACAACGAGCAAUCAUUCGUUGCAAAAUAGUUAUGUACCUCCUACUACCUGUCUUUCAGCCCUUUACGAAACACCACCUAGUAGCGUUUCAUCCCCAAUACCAGACACACUCUCGGAAGUACCCGAAUCAACGCAAGUUAAUCUCACCGAAGAUGAUCUCACGGGUCUCCUAAUCGCCACAGCAGGCUGGGAUGAAAAUCAGUUGGAUCUCUUAGAUUCUCUUUUGGAUACUCUAUAAAUUUUGUUUUUCCUAUCAUCAAUAUCUCUUGAAUAAAAAAAAAAAGAAAAAAUUCAGAAAUAAGUUGAUUGAAAAUCAUCAGUGAUGAGCUAUAAUAACUUUGUCAUAACUUUUUGGAAUUUCUUCCUAAUUGAUUGUAUUUCAAUAAUUUUUUUUUUUUGUUUUUUAUUUAUUCGAGUUAAAAACACCAGCGAUUCUUUUUUGCUGUGAACGAUUUUAAUUCACGUGUUAUUAUUAAUCGAUCGACUCACUGUAGAGCAGUUCAUUAGAAAUAUAUCGAUGUCGUGUGAAAAAAAAAAAAUCAAUUAAAUAUUGAACUUGUAUUGAAGCGAUGAAAUUAACAAACGAAUCAUAAAUAAUUCUGUAUUAUUUGACGUUUAUGAUGCAGGAAGAUAAUUAGGUAAUAUUUAUUUAUUAUAUAUUUUAUCAAGAACGAUGAAAUAUUUUCGUUACGUUUUAAAUAUUGGGAUCUCUGGCAGGGGCGUGGCUUACCCUAGCGGCAAAAAUAUGAACUAGAGACUGGAUGAUGCUGUGCAUUACUUGUAUAAUCAAAAUA